GCCAAUUCAAGCACCAGGAUCCCAUCUUAAAAUUAACAACGACCUGCUGUGUUUGGAGUUCGAACUACCGACGCUUCAAGCUUCGACCUUCAAAUUGUCAUCAUCCAAAACUGUCGCGGGUUAGGCUAUCUGCAAGAACCCAACGUCCACCCUGGUCCAAGCCCUUUGUGCCCAACGCACCGACAAUCUAGCGAGAUAUCAGGCCGGCAACCCCGACCCCUUUCCCCCUCCCUCCCUACCUACCUUUCACCCUCACAAUGUCCCUCCGACCAAGCACGAGAAUAGCGACAGGCCUGCUGCGCCCUCAGGCCAGCCGACUACCCUCUCGCAUACCCUCUCUCGCAUCUUUCCGCAGCUACAGCGACGCGCCGGCGCCUCCUCUGCUACAGAAGCUCAAGGCGGACUUGAAGACUGCAAUGCGCGCCAAGGAUGCAGCGCGACUCUCCGUCUUGCGCGCCGCAUUAUCCUCGACACUCAACGCAUCGAAGACGUCGUCCCCCAUCACGACCGACGCCGCCUUGGUAGGCCUGCUCCGCAAGCAGGCUCGAGGGUGCGCCGACGCCCGAGAUGAGUUUGCGGCCGCGGGUCGCGAUGAUCUGGUUGCCAAGGAAGAAGCGCAGAUUGCGGUGCUGAAUGAGUAUAUGGCCGACAGCGGCGUGGAGGAGCUGUCUAGCGACCAGCUCCGGGUCGUCGUGCGGGAUGUCGUUGCCGGGCUCGGUGACGAGAAAGCGAAGAUGGGCGACAUCAUGAAGACGCUUCUGGCCCCUGGUGGGCCGCUGGAUGGCAAGGAUGUCGAGAAGGCUGAGCUUGCCCGCGUCGUGAAGGAGGUUGUGUCCGCGUAGAGAGCCCCCAGCAUACCCGCUGAAGAUAAAGGUAGCGCUACCCUGCACGUAACCUUUUUUUACGGGCUUACAAUGUGGCGGCGGCUCUCACCUACGGAGUGCGCUAUGUUGAGAGCAUAGAACCCACAAACGGUGACACCAAGCACACCCUUGCUG